AAAAAAUAAAAUCACCCAAAACACCUCAGAGGUUAUUUUCAGACAUCUAGAAAAUAAAAAUUUUGCAGGAGCCUGCCUCAGACCCCCUAGUAUAAUGUUAUCGGCCCGGCUCGGACAUCUCUGGAUCCGCCCUAUGUGAUGUUAUGUAAAACUAAGCUCAUUAUGAUGUUUAGGGAAUGGUUGUUUUUGGAUGCUAUUAGGUGUCUUUCAGGAUUUAAACUCAAGAGUGGUGGGUCCAGGGGGUGGGGAGAAAUCGGGGUCGAACCCCCCAAAAAAAGAAAAAAAAUAGCGAUAAGAAAAAAAUUUAAAUGAGAAAGAGCAUAUUACUCCAAAACAAGCUAAUUUUCAAUUUAAAUUUCAUCUACCAGUGUUUAUGAUCAAGCAUUUCUAAGCAAAAUUUCAAAACCAUCCUCAGUGUUUGUCACAUAGCCCCUACCAGAAUUUUCCUUGGAUAUGCCCCUGCUCAAGACCCUUGGAUUGGAAGCAUAGUUUCUUAAACACUAAGCUACACCUUCACCCUAAAUUAUAUAUCUUUAUUUAUUGUAUCCUCAGGCUGCUCUUAUCCCUUUUCACCCUACAUACCUUUUGUUAUUUUACCCCAACCCUACCCUAUUUUACAUUAAAGGGACUAUAAAAUAUACUUUGUACUUAUAAUUUAUUGUGGUUUUUGACGUACAAUAAUACUUGAAAUGCAAGGUUAAAUAUCUAUUAUGUAUUUCAGCCAGAAUGUAGCCAGAGGCUGAUUUUUUUAUGCUUAAUAGUUCACGCUAUAAUGCAGAGCUUAGAUCUGGAAAUUCGCUUUUGAUCAUUAAGCGGAACCUUUGCUUUUGUAACCUCUUCCAAGCGACACAGUGCUAGGUUCACAGAGGUCCCAAUCUCCUGAAAAUCGAUGUUGUUGCAUGCACGCUCACGAGCAAGCAAAAAUCUUUUGGAAAAGAACAAAAUUAAUGGUGUUUGCAUGUUUUUGUGAGAUCUCCAACAACCACAUCUCAAAGAAGAGUAAGAUCCCAACCAAAUCUCACAGAAGUGGUUAUCAUACUCAACGGAUAAGUCUCAAUCAAAUAUGCCAAGUGUGUGAGAAUCCUAACAGGAAGUACCCAGCUAGUGGUGGUGCUGCAGUAGGACAGGAAGGGCAUUUGCUAAUUGAAAGUACAUUAAUACAACUACAUUCAGAUGAAUUCAACCAAAUUUGUGUCAAUGUUUGUUUAUUAGGAUUAUCAAUGCAGAAUUUAAACCCAGGAUUAGGUAUCAUUAACCACAAAGCUUUUUAUUCCUGCCACUUUUAAAAAUUCACCAUAUUCAACGUAAAACUGAAUUUACUUAUCGCAAUCCUAUCAAUAAUGGAAUUUUACAUGCAGCAACAAAUUAAAGUGGGUUGCACACAUCAUUAGACAUGAAAGCAGAAACCUAUGCAAAAGGCUGGAAUUGCAGAAAACAUCUAUUUCUGGAACAAGAAAUUUCAACAAGUAGCCUGUCAUGAAGCCAGUUUAUUUGGACACUUCACAUGAUUGUAAUGCUUGGUGGCAUUUUUUUUUUCAUUGAGCAUAAAUAACCUGAGGGACUGGCAGUUAAGCUUUUAUUCAGGGAACAGUGUUGGUAUAUAAAGUCAUUUAAUCCUAGCCCUAUGUUUUUUUUUCAACUUAUUUUUAGACCUUUUUUAAUCCUGAUUUAUGUGUUAGAUAAGAAAACCUAUAUAGCCAGAUAAUAACUGCUUUGUUGUAUUAAUUUCACCAGACAUAGUUUAACUGUGUUGUAUCAUGGAGGAAAUUUAAUAUAUUUCCUCCAUGGUUGUAUAUAAUGAAGGUGACUACAUUUAAUACUGAACUAAAAUAUACUGAGCUUGUUAAUAAACGAAAUAUAAUAUAGAUGUAACCUUCUACCACAGAAUGUGUUGUGUUUUCAAUAAAAAGAAUGUUCCUUGUAGUUUUUUGUAGUAGUUCAAUAUCUAUUUUUAUGUUUUAUUUCAAUCAGCAGUGGCUCCAGAAAUUUGUUGACAAGCGGUCCAACAUGUCCGACGGGAGGUCCGAACCAUGGGGCUGAUUAAAGCCUUGGUCCGAGGCUAAAAAAAAAUCCCUGGUAGGGGUCACUGGAAGAGUAUUUAUGGCUUAGUAUGGUCCAAAUUGUGCUUUUAGACCACAAUAUUAGAGAAUGGCAAUCCAAAUAAUGUUAUUUGGAUAGGCAAAUUAUAUUUUUUAUUUUGGAUCCAGUGACCUUGUUGUGGCAUUGGAUGAUGAGGGGAGGGGGGAACAAGUCCCCUCCCCACCACUUAAACAGUCUCUGCUGGUAAUUUUUUUCAAUUUUUGUUAUGAUAUUCAAUUGUUGGCCUAAUACCUAUAUCUCUUUGGUGUUAUACAGCAUUAUCCCUAUGCAAUAUUAUUCUUAUAAAUAAAUGAAUAAUCUAUACAACUAAUUAACUACAAAUAUUCUCUCAAUGUUAUGCCCAGUAUAAGAACACAAUAGGCCUAAAUAUGACAAUCUAGUGGUGUAUCAAAUUAGAAAGACGAUCUACGACUAAUUAAGUUAUCUAAUAAGCAUGUAUAGAAAUGAUUAUUAAACAUGUCACGGUCAUUA